AUGGCAUCAGACGCCCCGACCCAACAUCAAUCGUCCGAGGAGGUUGACCUCAAGACCUUUAUCGCGCGAAUGCCCAAGGCGGAGCUGCACGUCCACCUCGAAGGGUGCCUCACACCCGAUCUCGCCCGCGCCCUCGCAGCGCGGAACAACCUGCCCCCGCCACCGUCCCUUGCCCACUUGGAAGAACCGUCUUCUCCAGAAGCAGGCACAGGCUAUGCCUUCCACGACCUCACUUCGUUCCUGCAGGUCUACUACCCAAACAUGGCCGUCCUGGUCACGGCCGAGGACUUCUCCGACCUGGCCCUGGCUUACCUCCGCAAGGCACACAGCCAGAACGUCAAGCACGUCGAACUCUUCUUCGACCCACAAGCGCACACGUCGCGGGGGGUGCCCUUCCCGACUGUGAUCCGGGGUUACCGACACGGGAUCGUCACGGCACAGCGCACGCUGGGCAUCUCGGCGAGCCUGAUCAUGUGUUUCCUCCGCGACCACAGCGCCGAAUACGCCAUGUCGACUCUCAUGGAGUCGCUCCCUUACAAGGACAGCAUCAUCGGCGUGGGGCUGGACAGCGACGAACGAGACAACCCGCCCAGCAAAUUCGCGUCCGUCUUCCAGCGCGCCUCCCGCGAGGGCUAUCUGCUCACCAUGCACUGCGACAUUGACCAGCCCAACACCCUGACCCAUAUCGGCCAAGCGAUCGAGGACAUCCAGGUGGAAAGGAUAGACCAUGGCACCAACAUUAUCGAUUCUCCGCGGCUGGUCGAGAUCAUCAAGGAGCGCAGGAUCGGACUGACCUGCUGUCCAAUUUCAAACUCCGUCGUCACCUCGGAUUUCAAGGGUCGAGAAAUUCUCAGCCUCCUGCGACAGGGCGUCAAAGUUACCAUCAACAGUGACGACCCAGCCUAUUUCCGCGGCUAUGUGAAUGAAAAUAUGUUAAAGAUGGCCGAGGGGACUGAUGUGACAAAGAGAGAGUUGAUCCAAUUGGAAAGAAAUGCAUUUUCAAUCAGUUGGAUCUCAAGUUGGCGGAGGAACCAUUUCUUGCAGAUGUUGGACGAGUAUGAGAAAACCAUGCUAGGCAAUGUAGAAGGGGAAACUCUCGUAAACGGGAUUUGA